UUCUAUUCCCUAUCCAAGGGUAUGCAAGGAAAGAGACAAGCGGCAAAAAUGUCGAGCAUGUUGCCUGGCCAAAAGGUAGGAAAAGCCGGGAAAAGGAAAACUUUUAUGCGCUGAUGUCGCUGGCGAACACAGCUUUUGCCUUUUAUGUCCUUGUCGUCUCCUAUCAGUGUAUGUAUAAAUAUAUGUUUAUAUAUAUACAUAUUCCCAAAUAUACAUAUAUGUAUGUAUGUCGUCUGGUACAAGUGUGUGAGUGCUUAUGGCGUUUUGUGUGACAUUUAUUGUCAUUUAACUGUGACAAAGUUUGGGGAUAAGCAUACACGGCAUCUGUACAAUGUCAUCCUCUUGGCUGGAUUGAUGGGCGGGCCUCGGAGUAGGCGUGGCAGGUUGUGCCCCGAAUUCGGAGCACAGUUCACUGCGACUUUAUUGUCUACGUCUGGGAAAAAUUAAUUUCGAAAACCCAUCGAUAUCGAAUUGCAGAAUCUUUCUUUGACAGUCCCAAAAAAAUGUUAAGCGAUCUGGAGAGCGUUGAAAAAGUCCUGCCAGCGGAAAAUGCAGCCACAGGUGGAUGGGGAAUGGGCGGCUUUCAGGGAAAUCCCUCGGACAUGGCCAAGGAAAAUCGCCGCGGAAGGGGAAACUUGUGCAUGAUCUUUCGUUUGGGAAAGCAUCCGCGUUGCGAGUUUGCCAAUGGACAUUUUCCAGCUGGUUCUGGUGCAGUCUUAAAUGACAACAAGAGAUGCAGAAUGAUCUGAAGUAAUUCUUUAACUAAAGAUGGAGCUUAUAGGACUAAAAUGUUUGUUACAAAAAGACUAAAUAAUU